AUGUUAAUAUCCAUUUGUGACACAGACACUGAUGAUUAUGAUAUGACAAAUGAUGCUCCCGCUGUCGAAUCUUCUAACGACAUGGUCGAAGUAGAAGAUGGGUCUAGUUAUUUUGAUGAUAAUGACAAUCACGACAAUUAUGAUAUUUUUGACGAAAAGGUUCUGGUAGACAGCAUUUUCGCAAAGAAUCAUCAAAAAACAUUACGUUUGAUUCGAUUUCUUAUCGAAACAUCGCAUAACGAAAGAGACGUAAUCCAGAAUCAACCGCAAGGAUUUGAUACUAUCAAAAACGUACCAUCUGACAAUCAUACUUUUGCUGUUCCCAAGGGUGAUGGUUCGACCGUCGAUCCGACGUAUAUCAAACCAUCGAAUUAUCUGCGUUUGUUAAUGUAG